CGCCAUGGUGGCAGCGCGGAAGGGGCGGGUCGGCCCCCUGGCCCCGCACGGGCGGCGAGGGAGGCGCUGCGCGCCCGGGCGGCCCCGCCAUGGUGAACCUGGGACUGCGGCGGGUGGAGGAGAGCGUGGCCGCCAAGCACCCGGCGCUGCGGCAGUACGCGGCGUGCCAGUCCCACGCCUUCGUGAAGGGCAUCGGCGCCUUCCUGGCAGGUACGGCUGGGGCGGGCGGGCGGAGUGCCGGGCAGGGGAGGCCCCAGCACUCGGCCCCCACCGGCGGGUGGCCUUGGCUGGUAACUGCUCGCGGUCCCUGGGCUUUGGCAGGCAGCGGAGCCGCUUUUGCCGUGCAGAAGCUGGUGAACAAGAAGCUGCCGUACACCCUCCAGUGGAACCUGUUGCUGUCCGUGGCUGCAGGAUCCCUUGCCAGCUAUAUGGUGACCAAAGCAGAGACACAGAAAUGCUCUGACUUCUGGAUUUACCUGGAGACGGGCAAGUCCCCACAGGAGCAUACCAUGGCCGAUGGGAUGUCUCAACCUACAGAAAAUCUCAGCCCAGAGGACACAGAGAGAGUUGCACCACCUGUGAGGAGGAACAAGUAUGGAGAUAUUGUGGAGUAGCCAGUGCAGCACAGUGUGCUAUGCUGGUGUCCUGCUGCUGCUGUCUUCACUCCUUCCUGUUUGCCUGAUGUGCCUGUGCUGCAUGGGAGUUGUCUGCAGUAUUGCCAGGGAGCUUAGAUAAGUCAGUUGUGCAGUGUAUGCAUGUUGGAAACCUGAGACUCACAGGUGGUCUGUGUGUGAGAUUGCACGUGGCGAACAUAAUAAAAGUCCAGAGUUGAAAGUGCA